AGUUGUGUUUUGUGAAUUACGGAGUAGUUCCACAUCAACGACUUGCUCCACUUUUAGAAACGGAAACCAACUACUACUCUUCUUCCUCUUUCUAAAAACAGAACAUUUCUGCUGGCACGAUUCCCCACGACUUAACGGAAAACCCAGGUCGUCGCCGUCGUGCGAAACGUACAACCACCACCGUGCCGGCCACAUACUCCGUCUCCCCUUUCCUAUUACCAGAAAAAAAACAGGUCACCAUCGCCGUCACCGUCGUUGUCGUCGUUAACAAAGAGAGCGAUAUAGGAGAUAGAAAGUAAGAAAAGAAGACCAUGAUUGCCCUCUUCGCAUGGCUGAUUUCCUUCUUUGUCCUCAUCGCUCUGCUCGUCCUCGUUGUUUACCAGCUUAUGUGCUUGGCGGAUCUUGAAUUCGAUUACAUCAACCCAUAUGACUCUACAGUUCGGAUAAACCAAGUAGUUUUGCCAGAAUAUGUAAUCCAAGGAGGACUUUUCCUCCUUUUUCUUCUGACGGGUCAUUGGAUUAUGGCACUUUUGUGUGCCCCAUACCUCUACUUCAAUGUCAAAAUGUACAUGGAAAACAAGCACUUUGUUGAUGUGACCGAGAUAUUCAAUUUGCUAAAUUGGGAAAAGAAGAAGCGUCUCAUCAAACUUGGAUAUCUUUUGUUUAUCCUGUUUCUCUCCUUAUUCUGGAUGAUUUGGACUACGUUGGAAGAUGAUGAAGAAAAUUGGUGAUGAUAAUUUUAUUGUUGUCCCUUUCGACGACACCAAAACUGGACUUGCCGCUUCUACUAGGGCCGGAUUAACCUGCAACUGCUACUGCUACUGCAUGUCUGCAUAAGGUGUUUCUGGUUUUGGCUGCAGGUUCAUUAGGCACUCACUUGAUUUAUUGUUCCUUGAAUUGGAAAUAUGCUAAAAUCAUAUUCAUAUUAUUUAUCUUUUGAAAUUUGUCAUUAAUUUUAUAUAGGUUAUCCUUAGAUGAUGAAGCCUUUCCUUUUUUUUUUUUUGGGUGUAUUUGCUGUUUCAUUUUCUUAGAGAACGAUGUGGCUUCUGCUCCUAAAUUGAUAUUUAGUCAUGGUAAAUUUUUACUGCA